UCGUGAGGGAAUCGUGGUUCUCUGGAACGGCGGAAAGGAGAGAAACCGUGGAAAGGCCCCGCCAGCCCGGGGCCUGAAGCUGGAGUCGGAGCCGCCGUCCUCCCGUCCUCCACGGGGGUGGUGGGGAGAGAAAAAGCGCGGGAGGCUUUCUAGCCACGGGAGGACUCGACGCUCUAUGCGCUGAAGGAAGAGCUGAUGGCGGCCUUGUAUAAACUGGAUGAUGGGCAGUGUUACCCAACCAACUGCUUUCCAGCGAAAAGCCUUUUGCAGCCUCGAUACGAAGAAGGAGCCGGUCACUGGCAGGUGGCUCGUCAUAAUGUGGAGAAAACCAAAGUCGAAUUACUGUUUGGCACGAGAGUUGCCCAGCAGAGCUGGCAAGAGUGUUUGCGGAAAGCCCAGUGCCCCAGGCCAGAGAAAGUCCUCAAUGCGGCCCAGCUGAUUAAGCUCCACCAUGUGCGGACACCUUCGGACUUGUGCUCUGUGAAUAUCAGCCACCAGAAUUUCGCCUUGGCAAGGGAGAGCGAUUUCAUGCAGUUUGAUUCUGUCGCUUACAUCAACGCCACCGAAAAUCUGCUGACUUUAGAAACUUUUCGUAACUUUCCUGGCCUUCGGGAGCUGGAACUUUCUCUGAAUGGUCUGAGGCAUCUUAAAGUCAGGAUUGGGGAUUUUCCUCACUUGGAAAUCUUGGAUCUCUCCUACAACAACUUGUCUCCUGAGGAUGUGCAGACUCUGGGAAGUUUACCACGUCUGAAAGCUCUUCACCUGACGGCCAACGGACUUUCUUCCCUUCCCCUCAAUCUGGCUGCCCCGGAGAGCUGGAACUGCCCGAAGUUCCCAGCGUUGGAGGUCUUGCUUCUAGAUGACAACCAUCUCUCCGACUCCAGUGUCUUCCUCAGUUUGGCCAAUCUUCGAAGGCUAAAGCAGCUGAACUUGGACAAAAACGGGAUUAAAGAGGUCCCGUAUCUCCAUUACUUGGGCCACGAUCACUUCUCCAUCCAUCCUUUAUCGGCAAAGUCGGGCAUCCGGGCAGGCUUACGUUGCCGGAAAAACUCUCCCCAAAAGCCCCCCCAGGAUCGGUCCCCGAGGCUAAACCAGCAGUACAGUUACAUCAUAACCCAAAACACCCAGGAUCCAGACAAGACAGGGUUCUUUCCAGCUGCCUGUUUUGUCACACAUUCCACUUUUGGAUUUCUGUAAGGUCUUCGCUUUAGCCAGGUUGGAUCCUGUGCCUUCAGUGGGGUCCGUGGUGCUCUCUGAGGUGGGUGGUUUUCUUGCAGGCAUUUCGUUACCAAACUAGGUAAUAUCAUCAGUGCUGGAAGGGAGGGGGGAUUGUGAAGUGGAGGAGGAGGAGGAGGAAUUGCGAGGUCUUUGGGCUCUCUGAGCUUGGUUGUUCUCUGGAUGGAUGGAUGGAUGGAUGGAUGGAUGGAUGGAUGGAUGGAUGGGAUAAAUGAUAAUAGUUUGGCUGGCUGGAUGGAUGGAUCAUAGAGAGAGGAGAAUACAGUAGAUAUAGAUGAUAGAGGAUGGAUGGAUGGACAGAUGAGAAAUGAUAAAUAAUAGUUUGAAUCGAUGGAUGGAUGGAUGGAUGAUAGAGAGAGGAGAAUACAGUAGAUAUAGAUGAUAGAGGAUGGAUGGAUGGAUGGACAGAUGAGAAAUGAUAAAUAAUAGUUUGAAUGGAUGGAUGGAUAGAUGGAGAUAGAUAGAGAGAGAGAGAGAGAGAGAGAUGAUAGGGUAGAGAGAGGAUAGACAGACAGACAGACAGAUAGAUGAUGGAUGGAUGGAUAGCUAAAUAGAUAAAUAGAUGAUAGAUAGAUGAUACAGACAGACAUAUAGGAUAGAGAGAGGAUAGGUAGGCAGACAGACAGAUAGAUGAUGGAUGGAUGGAUAGAUAGAUAAAUAGAUGAUAGAUAGAUGAUACAGACAGACAUAUAGGAUAGAGAGAGAAUAGAUAGGCAGACAGACAGAUAGAUGAUGGAUGGAUAGAUAGAGAGAUAGAUAGAUGAUGGAUGAUAGGCAGGCAGACAGACAGAUAGAUGAUGGAUGGAUGGAUAGAUAGAGAGAUAGAUAGAUGAUGGAUGAUAGGCAGGCAGACAGAUAGAUAGAUGAUGGAUGGAUGGGGCGACAGAUGAGAUAAAUGAUAAACAAUAGUUUGGAUGGAUGGAUGGAUGGAUGGAUGAUAGAGAAGAAUAGAUAAAUAGAUAGAUAGAUAGAUAGAUAGAUAGAUAGAUAGAUAGAUAGAUAGAUAGAUAGAUAGGCAGACAGACAGACAGACAGACAGACAGACAGACAGACAGACAGACAUGAUGCAGACAGACAGACAUGAUGGAUGGAUAGAUAGAUAGAUAGAUAGAUUGAUUGAUUGAUUGACGGAUGGAUGGAUGAUAGAUAGACAGACAGACAGAGACAAACAGAUAGACGAGCGAGAGAAAGACGUGCUGCAGAGGGUAACAAGGGAAGAAGGAAUCCUAAUCCCAGGAUUUUCCUUGAUAUGUUGCAUUAUCUUAUCAAGAGUUUUUUGUGGACCAUCUUGUACAUCAAACGUUGUGACAAAGCCGAGCCCCCAGGGAAGGCUGGAGGUUGCAAACCUUCCCAGAAGUCCUCUCGGCCAAGAUCCAACACGGGUUUAGCCUUGGUGGCAUCUUAGGGGGCGACUGCCUCCCCUUCCAAGCACCCUGACGUUCUUUGUGUUUUUCAACAGAGGUGGUCUUUCAGGCCAGACCUCCAGAAGAAAAGGCUCAGGAAAGGCCUCCUUCAGCUCUGGAGGAUUCCAAGACUCCCUUUCCCAACAUCAGCACGGA